AAAAAAGAGCUCUUUUGCCUCCGAGAAAACCAGAAAAACAAAACUGAGAAAGACGAAUGUGAUUUAUCGCCGGAGAUUAAGAAGAUGAUGAUCGGAGAAGCUCGCCGGACACACCCCACGGUGGAAAUUCCUCCAUGGCCAGUUUCUGAAGAUUUUUCGGCGGCGGAUAUGUUUUCGCCGGCAAUGAACAGUCCAGAUUGCAGCAUGCUUGAAGCUUUGGCGGCGUUGCAGCGGUAUCUGCCGUCUAACGAACCGGAUCCGGAUUCUGACUCGGAUCUUUUGGGUCCUGACUCUCCAAUCGAUGCUUACUCAUGUGAUCAUUUCCGCAUGUACGAUUUCAAAGUCCGGAGGUGCGCUCGUGGCCGGAGCCAUGAUUGGACGGAGUGUCCGUACGCUCAUCCCGGAGAGAAAGCUCGCCGGAGGGAUCCGAGGAAGUACCAUUACUCCGGGACGGCUUGUCCCGAUUUCCGAAAAGGCAGUUGCAAAAAAGGAGACACUUGCGAGUUCGCUCACGGAGUUUUCGAGUGUUGGCUUCAUCCACUUCGUUACCGGACUCAGCCAUGUAAAGACGGCGGUAACUGUCGCCGGAAAGUUUGUUUCUUUGCUCACUCACCGGAUCAGCUUAGGUAUCUACCGAAUCGGAGCCCAGAUCGUGUCGAUUCCUUUGACGUUUCGUCUCCGAUUCGUCAUUCCUGUGCGAGAGCGUUUCAGCUCUCGAUAUCUCCUGUUUCAGGCUCGCCGCCGAUGAGCCCAAGAGCUGACUCGGAGUCUUCUCCGAUGACUCAGUCACUGAGUCGAUCACUCGGAUCUUGCUCUAUAAACGACACCGUUACGUCGUUUAGGAACUUGCAGUUUGAAAAGGUGAAAUCUUUUCCUCCGACUUACAACAAUCCGUUACGAUGCUACCAAUCCGGAUUCGGGUCGCCCCGAGGAUCCAUCUUGGGUCCUGGGUUUCAGAGUCUGCCUUCAACCCCGACCCGACCCGGGAAUUUGGAUAUUUGGGAGAAUGGUUUAGAGGAAGAGCCAGCAAUGGAGCGGGUCGUGGAGUCGGGUCGUGAGCUACGAGCAAAGAUGUUUGAGAAACUGAGCAAGGAGAAUUGCAUGGAUCGGGUUGAACCGGAUCCGGAUCAGAAUUCGGGUGAAGCUCCUGAUGUCGGCUGGGUAUCUGAGCUGGUGAUGUAGGGAGUCAGAUAUCCGACCCGUACCCGGAACUCUAAAUCUCAUUGAUAGUCAGUCAAAUAUCGGUUUUUUUAAGGAUCUCUUCUAAGGACAAGAGGAGGAGGUCGAGUGUGUUCAUAUUAUUAUUCACUAAUUUCGUAUUAUCUGAUAAUUAUAAUAAUAAUCAUCAUAUAUGGAUUUUUGGGGAUGAUUUUUCUGAGAAGACUUUGGAAUCUCCUUGUAUAGAUGUGCCUAGGGUUUUCAGUUAUGGAACAUUAAUAUAUUUACUAUUUUUAUCGUUUAUGUAAGACUAUAAGGUUUAAUGUAAUCCAUUUGUAACUGUGCUUCCCCUAGUUUUUCUU